CAAGCCCCACCCCCUCCCGUGUACCCGCGCCCGCGCCCAGCCUGGGCAGGGCAGCAGCAGCCGCACGCGGGGCAAUGGAGGCCGGAUCGGGAUCGGGGCCGAGCUGCCUGGGGCAGCUCCGCGCCUUCCUGAGCUCCCGCAAGGGGAUCGUGCUGACGAACGAGAUCGGCCUCUGCAUCAUCGUCCUUAUCUGCUAUGGGGCUUCCCGCACCCCCGGCUACUCGGGCGUUGCCAUCUUCGAGAUGAUCUUCGCCAUUGUCUUUCUCAUCGUCUUCACAUUGGGGCUCCACAAGCAGAUUACCGUGGUGCACUGGGGCUGGAGUGACUUCAUCCGCACUGUGAUUGGCUGCCUCCUCUUCAUCAUCACUUCCCUCAUUGUCAUUGUGGGACACCGGGAUGCAGCUGGAACCGUUGGUGGGGUCUUCGGGCUCUUGGCGGGCAUCGUGUUUGGGUAUGACUGCUACCUCACCUUCCCCAGCCUGAGGAAGAGCCAUGCACCUGCCCCCACUGAGUCACCUGAGGGUGCCUGAGGAGUCCCUAGAUCUGCUUCCGUCCCCACGAUGAUGACGACCAUGACGGCCUGGCUCUGCCUCCUCUGACCCCAGCCCCACCUCCUCCCCCUCCCCUAUUGGGAAGCAGGAUGCGGUUGGUUCUGGGGUGCAGUGGCCAAGUGGAAUGGCUGGGUUCUCUCCUCACCAAGUGCGUUUCUUUGCCAUGUGGCCCCUGAAGGUGCCUUUCUUUCCUCACCAAGUGCCUUUUUUUGCCAUGUGGGAGCCCAGACACCUGGAUUUUCUGGGAGGGUAGUGGGGGAUGGGGGGUGAGAGCCCAGACUCCUGGGUUCUCUCCCCGCCAAGUGUCUUUGUGCCCCCUUCACCUUGUUACCUUCAGGGAAUAAGCUAAUGACCCUUAAUGGAUCCUCUCUCCUCCAGAGGAGGCCAACUGCCCCCCUGUCCACCCCUCAGUGUUGUGCCCAGCUCUGAGGAAGAACCCAGACCCCAUAUUGCCCCAUAACCCCUUGCCCCAGCUUGAUUUAACCUUCGCUUGUCCGUCUGGGAAUAAACCUAAGGUUACAAA